AUGUCUUCCCGCCCCUCCAAACGCCCACACGGCAGUGGCAGCGGCCGCUCCCGUCGAACAACACAACAGAGUGUCUCACAAUUGAUUGACUCCCUCAACACACACCGAGUCAAUACUCUUACCGAGCUGCGUCGAAUUGAGCGGGUGGCAGCUGAUUCAUCAGAAGAAGACCAACUUGCAUUUCAAGGUCCAAUGACGUCUGCUUGGACCUAUUAUGUAACUUCCAACAAUCUUUUGAGCGAACUCCGUGGCCUUACUCGCAAUUACCCAUUCAGCAGUGAAAUGCUAGAUGAUGCAAAAUGGAGGGUCAGCAACGACCCGGAUAGCAACAGAAGUUGGAAUUACGCUUGGCUUGUUCUGAUUAAGAUCCAAGACGAUGCUCUUGUCGAUAUCUACGCGGAAGCCGAGAGUGUAAAACCCGAGAUGUGGGAUGGAAGAGUUCCGGAGCCCGAAGAAGCACAGCAACUUGCGGCUUGUUUCGUUUGGGAAUGGAAAGAAGCUUUGGACCAAAUGCUCCGACAUUGGGAAACCCCACCGACUACUACCGGCUAUUAA